AUGCAGAGAGGUGGUACAAACCUUGAUAGGAAGGGCUUAGUUGCCCUGCGGAUUGAUGGGUCCUUAGCAAGAAUGGGAAUGGUGGAGCAGUUCCGAAUUAAGCAGGCUGUGAUAACACUGUGGAAUGAUGAUCGGUCUAAAGUGAAGUUCUCACCAUUGAAUCGAGAUCCCUUCUCAGACCUCGCCCAUAUCUGGUUCAUUCCUGGCUGCAACUCAGCCAGGGACUAUAUAGCUAUCGAAGGACCCAAUAAGCUGGCCCUGGAGGAAUUCUGGGGUCUGAUCUGGGAACACGGAGUCCACACCAUCAUCACGCUGCUACCUGGGCAGACAAACAGCCUGGCUCCAGAUGACACAUGCUGGCCCUCAGAGGGUGCCCCCGUCUACACAGAGAUGUUGACCAUACAGCAAGGCCCGAAGAAGGUCGUUUCAGGAUGGCCAUGCGUUCAGCUGAGAAUUAAAUGCGAGAAAAAGGCCAAGGAGAGAGUACUGCAACGGUUCCAGUUCCCUUUGGGGGAAGGAGAGGAGCUGCCAGCGCCUGAGAUCUUGGUGGGAUUUCUCGCCAUGGUCAGGCAACUCGUGCCAUAUCGGAAGAGGAGCAGUCCCUUGGUCCUGCAUUGCAGUUCGGGAGGCGUUGGCCAGAUGGGGGUGCUCCUUGCCCUGGACACCAUGCUGCAGCAGCUGAAAGGAGAAAAAAGCGUGGAUGUGUACGGUGUCGUCCUGAGACUAGUGAGGAGCUGCUGUCUCAUGACUCCGACGCUGGAUAAGUACAUUUAUCUCCAUGAAUGCAUCCGUGACAUGAUCACCCAGAAGCAAAUUUAGGCCUUAGUCUUUGCUGUGUUAGAUGAUGGAUGAAAUGCAAAGCACAGCAGGACUGAGGCCAUCAAUUGAAUGGAGGUGUUCCUAUGCAGACAGAGGCAGCUGCCCCAGAAGGCUCCUCUUAGUCUGUGCAAAGAGACAGCUAAGCAACAACAAGCCACCUGUGAAGUUCCUGUUUCCAGAUUGCAAGGGAUUUAACGUACUGACAGCAAACUCCAGAGCUUCAGGACAAGGGUGGCCAUGCAAGAGCCAUUUAUUCUCAUGCGGGGUGUACUGUUUGUGAGGGAAAAGACACACACACCCUUGUCGUCUUCUUUUCAUCCUUGUUCAGUGAUCAUGGAACCUGGGAAACCCUGUACAUGAACAUAAUUGUUGUGGAGCUCAGUAAUGGAUCAAGUGGACUUAUAAAGUCAUUACAUGAAUCUAUGAAAUGGUCACACUUAGGAUAAUUUGUGUAGCUCUUGAAUUUUCAUUCCCAAAAGAAAUUAGUUGGGGAAGAUGCAGAAAAGGGGAAUGGACAAGACAGUCCUGCUUCUCUCCUCUCCAUAUUCUGGGUACUGCCUAUGUGGUUCCUUCCAAGGUUGUGCAGUUAUCACAGUUAUGCCAGAAUAACUGUGCUGCCACACUCACACAUUCCCAGCUGCCAAUUCAACUUUGGGAUCCACCUGCACAGCAGGGCAGGAUCCAAUGCUGUCAUUCUGCUGAUGAAGCAGCUUCCAUCAGAGGAAUUGGGAGGAGUACAAUUUAUCCUUCUGGCUUUCACCCCCUGCAAAGCACACUCCAGGGGGCUGAGGAACCAUCCAGAGAAGGUUUCCAGGUGGCCCAAAGGAAACCUUCCCCUUCAGGUGAAGGGAAUCCUGCCAUGCUAGCAGAUGUCUCUUAGCAAGACAGUAGGUUCAAGUCUCGAUCAGCACCCUGUUCUCAUCUAGCUGACAUGCAAAGGGUAGAAUGGUCCUGAAUAAGUAGGAGCAUCUUCCCAGAAGUGCAACUAAAACUAUAACAACUUCUGUAUGGAAGAAGAAAAGUUAAACCGCUGGCAGCUUCUCAAGAUAAACCAACAAGGUUUAUGAAAGCUUUAUAAAGUCACAUAGCAUGUGGAAGUAGGGAAUAAAAAGAAGGAAAACAUAUUCAAUUGGAACAGAAGAAUCUAAGGAAAUGGAUAAAAACCUUGUUCCAAGAGAAUUUCUUGUAAUGCCUGUUUGCAUAGAUACUUUUAAUAGAUUAGAUGAAAUUAAUAGAGGACAGGUUUAUCCAGUGAUGCAAGUGUUCAGGAGGGACUGGAAAAGAUGACACAGAGGACAAGCAGUGGGUGGAUAUGACCAUUUUGCCCUACUUGUGAAUUUCCCAGUACAUUUAUUGUCUGGGAUAAAAAUGCUGAAUUAAGUGGCCUAUUGGUUUGAUUCAGCAAGUUUCUAUAACAGUUCUGUGUUUCAUUUUCUACAUUCAGCACUCAGCAAGAAUAAGAUCCAUUAAUUAGAUCCAUAAUAAUAAUAAUAAUAAUAAUAAUAAUAAUAAUAAUAAUAAUAAUACCACUCACCACUAUAAUAAAUAAAUAAUAAUUUAUGCCCCACCUUCACUCCUUCUAUAAAGAACCCAGGGUGGCAUACAUGGUCCUUCUCCUUCCAACCAGUCUGUGAGGCAGGAUAGACUGAGAAUUUGCAAGUGGCCCAAAGUCACUCAAUGGCUGAAGGGAGAUCUGCUGAGUCAACACUCCAGCCCCUGUACCACAUCGGCUCUCAGCACCCUCUGAUUCUCAUCACUCCUGCCUUCCCUGGAACUUGCUUCCUGCUUCUCAAAGCCAAGCUACAUUUUCCACUAACAUGUAACAGGCAAGCAUGUGCAGCUGAUUUGGGUCAGGACCACCAUGCACUGGGAGAGAACAAAGAGUAAACAUUUGCCCCACUUUUUUCCCUGCAAUUCCCCCCCCCCCCACAUGUGCUUGUGCAGGUAUGUGGGUAACAAAAGUGGUGGAAAGCUCCCACUGGCUUCCAAUCAGCUCCUAUACUCAGGUUGGCCCUGUAGUGAAGCUGCCUGGCAAAGCUACUUGCAGGGAGAGUUCAGCCACACCAUGGAGCCUGCCAUUCCACGGGCUUUCACUCUGGAGCUCCACAGUACUAGACACAGCCAUUUGGGAACUGUCCCAGCUGAAGUUCCCAUGCUGCUCUGGGAAAUGUGCCUUUUGAUCUCAUCGAACCCAAUUCUUCCUAUUUUGCUUUGGCCACUUCACUGGCUCGCCCUUCCACCCCAUUUGUAAGAUGGGGUUGAAGGGUGAGCCAGAAGAAAUGUAUUAUCAUACAUGGGAAUGCGUUUCCCCAGGUUCUCUGAAGCAGAGAUAA